GGUCACCCUGGGAGUGGAGGAAUCAACAAAAUCAACAAAUCCACCAAGACGCUCGCUCGCUACUCAAUCGCCAGGUUGUUUGUGGACAGCGAGCUCCUCUUCUCCCACGGCACCUACUGUGCUUACUGUACCUACUGUUGGAUGCCCUACAUGUACACAACCACCCGUGGGUUGCCGUCCUUGUCUUCGUUGUCCACGGGUCAAACACGGCUAAGCCAAGAUCAUGACGUCGGAGGCCCACCACCCCUGGGGAGAUAGUACGACCCCGGCGACGGAGGACCACCCCAGGCGUCCCCUAAUGAUGAAUAUGGGGUUUGACCCCGUGCUAAAUAAUGGGACGACGCCGUCGCAGCCCCAUGAGAUCAGCCCCUUGGAAUCCCUUAGUCCCACCAUGAUGUGGCUCUCCCCCGAAGACGAGACCACCCUCCGGUCCAACCUGAUCAAGGAUGGACACAUCUCCUCCGAUGGCGAGCUCACGAUCAUUGCUCAACGUGAGGCUGACGCGCUUCGCGCCCAUGAUUUCACCACUCUGCUGAAAACCGAGGACGAGGCCGAUCCCGUGGUGGCUCAAGAAAUGGCCCAUACGAGUAUGCCCCCGGGGUCCAUUAUUGUGAAUCCGUCCAUGUUGAAACACGAGGCUGAGACGGCGGAAUCGGGUGAAGCCGGGGGGGUGGUGACGUACCUUUGGCAGGCCAGCGAAUGUCCCAACAUGGCCACGGGCGUUUCUCCGAGUACCCAAGAUUGGAGUGGGCAUCUCGGAUUUGACCUGAGAAUCCCUCCGGCCAGUAAAUCCAAGGAUGGUCAAUAUAGCAAAAUGUUACACAAGUUGUUCAUCAAUCAAAACCGAGUGGUUCACGUUCAUUUUAAUGUCCGUAAUCGCGAAGAUAUGGCUCUGCCAGAGGGCCUUAUGAUACGUGCUGUGGUUAUCUACACCCGUCCGGAUGAUUUUGGGGAUCCAGUUCACGUAUGCCCGAGCCACUCAAAAGACAGUUUGGGUCAACUGAAAUCACCCCAUGCGGAUCAUCUCAUUCGUUGCAAUUCAGAGCGAUCCAUGUAUAUCCUCGAUCCAGUUUCCAAAAGACACAGUGUUGUUACCGAAGUGAAUCAGCCGCAACCCGGAUGUAAUGAGGUGGUCUUGGGCUACCGGUUCAUGGAUUUGGGAAGUUGUGCGGGAGGAUUGAAUCGGCGAGAUACGGCCGUUAUUUUUACGCUAGAACUCGGAGGCAAUGUCGUGGGCCGCAAGAUUCUUCCUCUAAGAAUUUGCACUUGUCCUAAGCGAGACAUGGAGUCAGAAGAAAAAAGUGGCAAGAAGAAUGGCAUGGAGCGUUUGAGCGAUCAGUCCCACGAAGCAUGUCAUCCGGGAAAGGUGAAAAUCGACAAACGGCAGCCCAAAUGGGUCUUGACCUACGGUGAGGAGAAUUUCCAAAUCGUUAAGAACCUAGCCGAGGGUUUAGUGAAAAAAGAUGGAGGGGAUGUUGAGAAGUGGCGCGAAUCGAUCAAGACGUUCAACGAUUUGACAAAAAAGUCGUGCAAACGUUCAAAGUUGAGUCGUCCUGAUGCAACCUAGAGACCCCCUUAAUCGGAAGUACUCUUAAACUUCCAAACAUGUAUUAUAAUACUUGUUCCAGCUUGAUUGGACAAUAAAUAAGAAAUUAAACGGGCAAGUUCAA